AUGUCACAUAAUACAACUUCAGCAGGUAUCGCUACAAGUGUGGCACCAGAGGAUGGCUUGAAGGUCCCUGUGGCCGAGACGAAUGUCUUCGAGACUCAAAUCGACGACGAUGCGACGGAGGAGAUAGACGAGGAAUACCUUAACAAACCUGGAUAUAUCAGAUUUUAUCGGGGGGUCCUCUGUCAGAUGCUUCUUUUCGGCGCCGUGUCAUUCGUCGGUCCAGCGUUGGCAGAUGCGAUGAGUAAUCUCGGUGGGAAUGGUCUAAGCGAUCCGAACCUUGCGAAUCUCGCCCAAGCUUUGAAUUACGCCGGUACCGCUCUGAUGACAUUCUUCGGUGGUCCUCUAGUCAACAAGCUUGGUGUCAGAUGGGCUUGCUUGAUCAACGCUGUAUGCUUUCCUCUAACUGGAUCAGCUUCAUACGUAAUCGCGAAAGGAGGUCCAGGGUGGUACCUCGUCUUCGCAAAGAUCGUCACAGGGUUAACCAACGGUUUCGUCUACGUCUCUGAAGGUGCAGCGAUGUUAACUUAUCCAAGAUUACAUGAACGAGGAAAAUAUCUCAGUAUUUGGUCUGGUAUGCGAAAUUCCGGAAGUAUCCUAGGUGGAAUCGUCGCGCUCGUCACCAAUUACAAAACGGCCGGAGCGGGCGGAGUCGCAUGGAGCACUUAUAUAGUAUUCAUGACUCUCGAAUCGACAGGUUGGAUUUGGGCUUUACUUCUCACUCCAUCCGAAAAAGUAAGGAGGAAUGAUGGUACUCGCGUACCUAUCUCUCGUAAGAUCUCUUGGGCAGAGGAGCUGAGGGCUCUGUUCAAACAUUUCAGCAACAAACGUUUAUGGUUAAUCGCUGCACCUGCUUUUUACUCUUUCUUCUUUCUUGCGCCUUUCGGUACUUACCUCACUGUUCAUUUCAGUGUAAGAGCUCGAGCCCUAUCUUCUUUCCUUGCUCCUACGACCGCUGUCGCUACGACUUUGAUGUAUGGUCGAUUCCUUGACUUGUCUUCAUUGUCCCAAAAGAAGAAAGCAUGGAUCGGAAUGGUCAUCUGGCUCGUUCCUCAAAUCGCCGCAUUGGUGUGGGUCAAUGUCAAGCAAUGGACUCUGCCCAAAUCCACCGCAUUCGAUUAUACAAUUGACUCGGGUCUCUGGGGUAGAGCAUACUUCUGCUACCUUGUCAUCACAUUCUCGACCGAUCUCAAAGCCUCCACUCGGACUGGAGGUUUGUUCAGAGCUUGCGAGUGUGUCGGUCAAACAGUCUCUUUCGCGAUCGGAUCCAACAGAGCUCGACUGUCAGCAUUGAUGGCGCUCAAUGCAGCACUGAUGGUACCUGCUGUUAUCUCUCUGGCGGGACUGAUCUCGAUUAUACCGGCCGCGCCAGCUGCUGUGGACGAUAUGGUUGACACUGAGGUGGUUGAGCAAGUGGAUCAAAAGCAUGUGUAG